AUGUUGGAGACGAUAAUCUGGCAGGCUUAUGCUAUUGGCCGCGAAAUCGAAAACCCCUUUGGUGAUGAUGUCAAUGAUCUUUCCCUCGAUUCAUACUGCCAUCAGAUUACCCCAGAGCUGGAUAUCAUCACAGGAUCCCCUGAACCUAAGGUUGAAAACUUCACUGCACACGAAGAUAUCCUCACGCUGUAUCCGCUAAGUAAGGACGGGUAUUCGAGAUGGAAAGAUCGAAGUGUUGACGAGAUUCGAUCAGCGUUGAGAGCAAAGGUUAUUGCCAACACCACCACGCUCAAUGGCUCAAGUUAUACCACCCUGAGGAGUACUGCUAGUGCAAUAAUGAAUAGCAGCCGGCAGUGUAUCUCUCCCUGCUCCUAG